GGUUUUCCAAAGCGGCCAAACCUAACCUGGCUGGCACUGUGAGGAAUAAGGGGAGUAUUAACGACACGCCGGGAAUGGAGAAGUUACUGGAGGAAUAACGCGGGAGGAAAUAAGCGCCGGGGUACAUGUGACGUGUUCGUUUUUAUAGUUGAACUUUUACGCGUCGCGGUUCUUGUUUUCUUUUGCCUCUACCCGACUUCAUUGACUGUUCGCAGCCGCAGCAGCCGCAGCGGAGGCGCUGGAACCCGGCGGAAGCAGCCGCUGAUCCCGUCCUCUGAUCACCGUCUGGACCCAGCGAUUUAGCAGCGACCAGCAGGGCUUGUCUUCGCUAGAACAUGGACUAAAAUUAAAGAGGAACCAGCUGCAUCAUCAUAUUCAUCACCUCUGUGGACAUAUACACGCUAGCUUGCUCCUGACAUGGCCUCCUCCCCCGGGCUGGUUCCUAACACGUUACCACUGCUUCAGCUACAGGAGGUGGACUCCAGCAAAUCUUCCAAGCGGCCAAGCUCCCCUGGACUCCUGCCCGCCGUAUACAGCCCUCCUUUGGGCAUGGACAGCCACCCCGUCUGCAUCCCCUCUCCGUACGCAAACAGCAGCCACGAGUACAACCACGACCACGGACCUCUGAACUUCUACGGCCCAUCUGUGCUGAGCUACGCCAGGCCGCCAGUCACUGACAGCCCAUCGUCUCUGUGCCCCUCCCUCAGCCCAUCAGCUUUCUGGCCCUCCCACAGCCACCCCAACAUGCCCUCACUGGCUCUGCGUUGCUCUCAGCCGCUCGUCUACAAUGAACCCAGCCCACAUGCAGCCUGGCUGGAGCCCAAAACCCACAGCAUCAACGCCAACAGCUCCAUCAUCGGCUGCAACAAGCCGCUGGGGAAGAGACCAGGGGAGGGAGUGGAAGGCGUGAACUCCUCCCUGUGUUCGUCUGCUGUGGGGAAGGCCGACAUGCACUUCUGCGCCGUGUGCCACGACUACGCCUCAGGGUACCACUACGGUGUGUGGUCCUGCGAGGGCUGCAAGGCUUUCUUCAAGAGGAGCAUCCAAGGACACAACGACUACAUCUGCCCCGCCACAAAUCAAUGCACUAUCGACAAGAACCGACGUAAAAGCUGCCAGGCCUGCCGCCUACGUAAAUGCUAUGAAGUGGGCAUGAUGAAGUGUGGUGUAAGGCGUGAGCGCUGCAGCUACCGGGGAGCCCGACACCGCCGCGGUGGACUCCAGCUCCGGGAUCACACCGGCAGGGGUUUGGGCCGGGCGGGGCCGGGUGCUCGGGCCCCGCAGCAUGUCCACCUGGAGGCUCCUCUCGCCCCGCCGCCCCCCCUCCCUCAGGCCAACCGCGCACACCAAUCUGGCAUGAGCCCAGAGGAGUUCAUCUCCCGCAUCAUUGAGGCAGAGCCCCCAGACAUCUACCUCAUGGAGGACCUGAAGAAGCCCUUCACCGAGGCCAGCAUGAUGAUGUCCCUCACCAACCUGGCGGACAAGGAACUGGUUCUCAUGAUCAGCUGGGCUAAAAAGAUCCCUGGCUUUGUAGAGCUGAGUCUAGCGGACCAGAUCCACCUGCUGAAGUGCUGCUGGCUGGAGAUCCUGAUGUUGGGCCUGAUGUGGAGGUCGGUGGAUCAUCCUGGAAAACUUAUCUUCUCUCCCGACUUCAAACUCAACAGGGAGGAGGGAGUGUGCGUGGAGGGCAUCAUGGACAUUUUCGACAUGCUGCUGGCAGCCACGUCUCGGUUUCGUGAGCUGAAGCUUCAGCGGGAGGAGUACGUCUGUCUGAAGGCCAUGAUCCUCCUCAACUCCAAUGUGGUGACGAGCUCCCCUCAGACGGCCGAGGAGCUGGAGAGCAGGAACAAGCUGCUGCGUCUGCUGGACUCGGUGAUCGACGCUCUGGUCUGGGCCAUUUCCAAACUGGGCCUGUCAACCCAGGAGCAGACUCUGCGCCUUGGACACCUCACCAUGCUGCUCUCCCACAUCCGCCACGUCAGUAACAAAGGCAUGGACCAUCUGUCCACCAUGAAGAGGAAGAAUGUGGUGCUGGUGUACGACCUCCUCCUGGAGAUGCUGGACGCCAACACGUCCAGCAGCGGCAGUCAGGCGUCGUCCUCGCCCAGCUCCGACACGUACUCGGACCAGCACCAGUACCAGUACCAGUACCCUCCGCCCCCAUCUCACCCGCAGAUGGGCCCAGAGCACGCGGCCGGCCACACCGCCAUGCCUCCGCAUGGACCCGCUGAAGCCCCAACCCUGGACAGACACCUGCAGGCUGCGCCCCACCAGUCCCAGUCCUCACCUCCGUUUCACAUGGACAGCAAUGAGUACAUCCAUCCGGAGCAGUGGUCAAUGGAUACGGGAGACGCAGCAGAACCGACAGACUACAUCGUCACCGAUUGAGUCAUCAUGGAGACCUCCUUAGAGACUAACUGAGAACCUUUCAUGGCUUUCCAUCCCCCAGAGAUCGAGAAAAGGAAACAAACAAAAAAUGAUUUAAAAAAAAACUAGCAGAAAGCGCUGUCGUGAGGUAAAGUGUUUUUAGUCUUUGAAAACGUUGAAACGUUUUUGAUCGAAUGUAUAUUUUACGUGCGUAAAUAUUUCUUGUGAAUGUGCACUACAGCGGGUGUUCACAAGAACAUUGCUGGACCUCUGCCAGUCAGUUUGAGCUCUUUUUUGAUAUACAGUAUUUGUAUCUCUUUUUUCACCUCGCUGUAACAUCCAGAACAAGCCAUCUACAAUCUGCAAUGACUAACAGAAAAGUUGCAUGUGGUCCAUUUCCAUAGCUAAAGAAAAAAAGGCAGUGUUUUCUAUCACACUGAGAUGUUUUUCUCCUUCACUACUACUGUGUACUUGUGUGUUUUAACAGUGCCUGUUUAUCCAGGAUUUUUCUACUCUUUGUACAAACUACAAGUUUCAGUGGAGUCAAGAAUCAGCUGUUUGUGCCUUUUAAACAAAAUGACUGUUAACGUGAGCUUUCUUCCCUGUUCGUCUGGUUAAACUAAGGCUGGAUUUACACAGUAGAAUAUGUGGCACAAAUCUCUUGCGAGUUUACACUUGGCAAACUUGAAAAAAAAAAAGUCAAAUUGAAUUCAAUACAAGUUGUCAGCCCUUUUUUAAGGUAUUAAAAGUUAUUGUGUAAAUAUAUCAACCUCAAUAUAUAGUCAUAAAUUUAAAGACCCCUUUAAAAGCUAUUCAAUGAAGUCCUUAGCUGUACUUUAAGACUAAAGCAAACAUACCAAAUGUAGGCAUAUUAUUAGCAUAUAACUAUGCUAACUGUAUGCAUUUUAUGAUACUACCACGCUAAACAUUACGCGCUAAACAUUUUGCUUAUUGUACGCACAUCGACGUACUCACAUUAGCAUGUCAGCACCAUAACGGUCUAGCUACUCUUAAUUAAACGACUUGGCAAAAAUUGGAAUACAUUUUUCUAGACUCGCGUCCGUUACUCGACACCUGUGAUACUAGUGACUGAAAUCUUGUCAGCCGUAGCUGUAAUUCAAGAGAAAAGCUAGCGUGAUGUGCUAACAUCAGUGUGUAGCUAAACAAGCUAACAUGCCAAAUUUACAUUCAAUGUAACUGUUAAAAUUGUAGUGUGUAGCCAAAUUUGCAACCAUAGGGAUGUUUAUUCAAUCUACUUUUUUACAGCAAGUGCUCUUUAUAUUAAAGUACAGUAGACAAGAUCUCGGUCAUUAUUUGCAAUUAUUUUAGGACACAACUCCUAUUGGCCAAUUUAAACUAACUACUAACUUCACACCUGCACCUAGUGCAGGCAGCGAACAUCGCAAACCAAGCAAACACGAUGGAACCGUCUGCGUUCUUUGAGUAAUUUGCGCACUUUCACGAACGGGCAGCGCACGAGCAUCCAUCCGGAACCGGCUCGUUUAGUUCUCGGCUUUACGAGGAACCAUCGGCUCAUCUCCUUAAAUGUAUUGUCUUCUUGCACGUUUCAAACCUCAAGUUUGGGGCUUGUUUGCCAUGGUGUUUUUGACUACGUCCCAGUUUGGGUUUGCUUCGAAACGGAAAGAGUUAAUCCUCGGAAUACUGGAUUUAUACCGCAAAUGCAUAAUUGAUGUCCGUUUUGGACGUUAAGACGUGACCCACGCCACUUCUCUGCCAAUGUAAAUUCAACCUUAGUACCAGAUAAUCCUACCACUGCUGACAGAUACAUGUUCACUAUCCUUUCUUUUCUGGUGUCUGUACUGUAGCUUGUGCAUGCAUGCACACAAACACACACACACCCACACACACACACCCCUAAAUCUGAUGCUGAAAAUAUUUCUGUUUGUGCACAGCACACAUUCAUAUUUCAGAUCUUGUAGAAGUUUUUGGCGGUCAAACCGAUCAGCUCGAUCUUAGCCGGGGUCUUUCUCUACACACUACACACACAGUUUAUUGUCAAUUGAAAAUUGCCAAUCUAUACAUUCCAUAAAUGACAGUUCACAAAAUAAAUCCAACUUUACACAA